AUGAGUAGAGAAUUAUAAAAUAUGAAGCUUUUACUUUCUGAAAUAGAGAAAAUAUAGACAAUUUAAACUAAUUAAUAAUAUGAACUUAUAGUUUAAGCUUUGUAGGGUGUAUAGUAAUAUAUGAAUGAGACAAAAACAAGUGAAGGUGAUUAAUAUCUACCUGAAUUAGUUAGCAUGAGUAUUAAUUAUAUAAUGAAUCAUAUGAACUACCCAGAUUAAAUUCUAAUAAUGAUAGAGAAGUUUAUAAAGUCUGUGCUUUUUUAUAUUAAUAAAAACAUAUUUGAUGAUAAGAUAAGUAUAAUAUUUUGUAAAAUAAUGGAUCCAAAUUGUUUGAUCUAUUAAAAUAAUGAUUUAUCAACUAAUUGGCAUGAUUAAGUAAAUAUCUAUAAUUAAAUAAUAGUUUAUGACAUAUUCUUAUACUAAAAAUAUUGAAUAUAAAUAAUUCAUUGAUAAUUUGAAAGUUGGCUCUUAUUUAGAUUGCAUUCGUAGUUGUUAAUCUACAAAUAGAGUAAAUUGGAAUAGAGGUAUAGUUGAGGAAAGAAAUGAAGAUUUUUUGAAUGUUAGAUAUUUAAACGAGUAGUAAAAUUCAUAAAUCUAUAACAUAAAAAGUGGAUAUUUGAUGCCUUAUUAAACACGUUCAUAGAGAUUAGAUUCUAUGUUUACUUUAUAAACUAAAUAAGCAAUUUUAGCAACUCAAAAUGAUAAAUGGAUUUUAAGUACUAUUCUUGAUAGAAUUGAAAGUUCAUAUUAUGAAAAUAUUAUUACUUAUACUAUUAAAUUUCAUUUUUAAACAAUUUUAGAUGAAAUUAAAGAAAAUUAAUCUGAAGAUCAAUUUAAAGGUUAAAAUAAUUAUCAUUAUGAAUAAUUAACAGCAUGUAAUCCUAGAUUAGCAUUAUGUGGUGAUCAUAUACCAAGAAAAAAUAAUACAAAUGAAUAAUUUGUUGAUGAUUCAUAUGAUAUACUUUAUGAAUAAGAUUAUUUAGAAAAUAAGUUUUAUGCUAUUCUAAGACCUAGAUAUUCAUAGAGUUUACUUUUAAUUAAAUUUAUCAAUUAUUUUGGAAAUAUAGGUGGUUUUGAAUAAAUAUUAAGUGUUUAAUAAGUUGAUAUUUUGGCAAAUUAUAUACAUGCAUUAGGUAGUAUACAUGCAUAAUUAUAUCGAUAUUUUUGUUAAGAAUAUAUACCUAAAUUAUAAGGAUUAAGAUAAAUUAUUCUUCAUUCUGAUGAAUAAUCUUUUCGUAAUAUGGGUAGAGAGAAAAUUAAUAUAAUUAUUUAAGCAUAUAAAUUAUUAUUGGAUAGAAUUAUGAAAGAUGAUUAAAGAAAAGAAUGGUUGUAAAGUUUAGGAUUAGAAUUUGUUUAAAUUUGUUUUAAUUGUAAAUUUUUAGAUAAAUAAAUAAUUGGUCUUAAAUUAUUAACAGAUAUAUUAAAAUAAGCAGAUUAAGAUUAAUCAUCAGAUUUCAUUUUAUAAUGGAUAGAAAAAUAAGGAAUUUUAGAAAUAUUAUUUCAUCAUAAUACACAUUUACAAUUAUUAGAAAGAACUAAAGAAUUAAUUAAAAUAUAUUUAACUAUAAAUGGUGCAUUUAAUCUUAAACAUUUAUAAAUUAUUUGGGAUCUAAUGUAAUCAAAUGAUAAAGAAAUAAGAUCUAUUAUAUUUAAAUUAUUUAAUGAUAUUGCUACUUUUAUGUCAGAUUAUUAAGUCAAUUACUUUCUUUAAUAAAUAAAAUUAUUAAGAAAAGAUCUUAUUUUGAUUGAACAUGUACAAUUACUUUGUUAAAUGAAUAAAAAUAGAAUCAAUUAAUAAUCAUUAUUACUUAGUUAAUCAAUUGAAAUUUUAUGGGAUAUUAUUGAAUAUGCCGAAUAAUAAGGAAAAACUAAAUUAGAAGAUUAAUCAAAAACUUAAUUAAUAGAAUUAAUAAAAUUUUUAAAUGAUAAAGAAAUCAAGUUAUAAAUGAUUUAAAAGUUAAUUAAUAACAUAAAAUAAUAAAAGGUUGAAUGUUCAUCCUUAAAAGUAUUAUAAUAAAUUAUUAGUACACUUUUACCAUAAUAAAAAAUAUAAUAGUUAAAUAAUAGAUAUUAAUUAACAUAAGUAGAUAACAAUAUUAUUUAAUAAUAAUAAAAUAACAAUAUAAUUAAUAAUAAAUAAGAAAAUGAUUUAGAUAAUGAAUUUAUUAAAGGAUUAAUUUAAUAAUAAAAGGUUCAUCAUACAUUAAGAGAUAGUAUAAAUAAUUUAUAUAUUUAAAAUCUUAAUAUUAAUACUGAUGAUGUUAAUGAAACGACUCUUUAUAUUAAUAAAUUAUAAGAAAGACUUCUUUUAAUUAAUACUUUAAUUAUUAUUUAUGGUACUGCUGCUGAGAUGAUUGAUUAAUAAUUUUUAGAUUAAAUUUGGAAUAAACAUAUUUUAAAACCUGUUUGUAAAUAAGAAAGUGAAAUAGUUAGCAAUUGGCUUCGUGAUUUAAUUGAAAAAGAUGAACGUUUUAGUUCUAUACAAUUAAAUGAUUUUUAUUAGAGAUUGCUUAAAUCAGAUUCUCAUCUUAAUGAAAAUGCAUUUAAAUGUUUUAAAUUGAUUCUCUAUUAUGUAAAUCAAAAAGAUUAUAGAAUUGAAAGAUAAUAAUUAAUACUUAAUUAAUUAUGUGAUGAUUAUGGAAAUUUAUAAAGUAUGGCAAAUGCUAAUGCUUUAGAAAAAGAUGAAUAAAUGGAUUUUAAAAUAAUGGUAGAUGUAAAUGAAAUUAUAGGUAUAAAAUAUUUGUGGCAUAUUGUUUUCAAUUCAUAAUUAGAUUCAGCUAUAUAAUUAUUAGUUAAAUUGAAUUUGUCAUAAUAAGACUAAUUUAUAUAAUAAAUACUUUAAAAAAUGAAAACAUAAGAUGAUUAGAUUAUUCUAAAAUGUUUAGAUAUUUUAAGAGAAUUAUUAAAUUAGACAGAAAAAUAUGGUAUUGGUUAAUAAUUAUCUUUGGAUGGAUUAAUGAAGGAAGAAUAAUUUAAUAUUAAUAUUAUCAAAGAUAUGGGUGAUGCAUAAUAAUCUAAUAAUAUAAACUUAAAUGUAUAUUAAAAUUUAACAAUAUUUGAAUUACGUAAAUUAAUUGCUAAAGAAAUUAAAUCAAGUUGGGAAUAAAUUAAGUUGCAUAGAAAUAAUAUUAUCAUACUAGAUACAGAUAAUGGUAAAACACUUAAAUAAUUAAACAUAAAAAGGAGUGAUUACAUUAAAGUAUCCAGAAGAAAUACUAAACCUAUCCCAAAAGUACCUCUUAUUGAAAAUAAUAAACUAUCACCUAUGUUUUUGAAAAUCAUAAAGAAUCUUUUCAAUUAGUAUUCUACAGAUGGAAGAAUGAAUAUAGAUUAAUUUACUCAAUAUGGAAUUCAAGCUUCAUAAAAUGAAAAUAUUAAAUAAGGAGAAAAGAUUCAUCAAAUUUUUAGUUAAUUUAGUACUCAAGGAGAAUUCCUAACAUUAAAUAAUUUUAUAGCAUUCUUUGAAGAUUGUUGUUUAUAAUAGUAGAAGAUAUAGUUAGUCUGGUAGAAUUUAUAUGCAUUUGGAUAUAGAAAUGAUCUUUCUUUAAUAAAUUCAAGUGAUUUUACAUUUGAUGAAUUAAAAUUACCUCGUUAUUAUUUAUCUUAGAAUUAAGAAUUUUAUUAGUUGAUGAGUAACUUUAUGAAAGAUACUGAUAAAAUAGCUUAAGAAUGUUGGAAACUAUUGUGUUCUUUACCAAUCUUUGUGGCUGCUAAAUAAAGACUCAUAAAUUUUGAAGAUUUCUCAUAAGAUACAUCUUAUUAAUUGAUUUAUUCUUUAAAAAUUAUUUAAUAUCUUCUUUAAGAUUAGGAAUAUUGUAGAUAUUUUAUAAUAAGACAAGGUUUUAAGUAGUUAUAAUUUAUAUUGAAUAAUUUACAACAUUAAAAUAGUGUUAUUAGAAAACUAGGAUAACUUAUAAUUCUUAAUAUUUUUAUUAAACAUAUAUCAGCUUAAUUUAGAUCUCAAUAUUAAAAUAUUUUUCAGAUUCAAAAACAUGUUAGAUAGCCACUAUCAGUAUCCUUAGAGAAUAUAAAUUAAUUAAUUGAAGGCAAGUGUUAAGAAUAAGAUAAUAAAGCAUGGUAAAGAGUAUAAGAGACUGAGGAAUUCUUAGAAUUAGUUAAGUACACAUCAGAUUUGGAUAUUAAAUUAGAUUACACAAAUUUAUUAAUGUAUUUGAUUAAUAUACCUAUUGAUAUUAAUCAAGAUAAAUAACUUAUCGAAUAUAUUCUUAUACUAAUUACAACAUUAGUUGGAUUCAAUUUAGAUAAUUGCACAUAUUUAUUUAUUUAAGAGAUAAACUCAGUUAAAUAAAGAUACUAACAAUUAUUAUUUGCACCAAAAUAAUUACUUAUUAGAAAAUUCACUAUUAAUUCUUUAUAUCUAAUAUUUAGAUGUUAAAAAACAAAAUUAAAUAAUAUAUUAAUUCUAAUGUUAAAAGAUCUAUUUCCAUCAAAUGAAAAUAAAGAUUCAUAAUGUUAUUUUGAUCUAUUGGCUAAAUUAAUAUUGGAAGAAAAAUAUUGUGAUUAAGAAUUAGCUAAUAAUAUUAUUGAAAAAUUGUAGAAUUAUGAAUCAAAUGAGUCUAGAAUAACUCUUUCAGCUGAUAAAACUCUUAUAGGUUUACUUUUAAUACUAGAAAGUUUAUGUAUUGUAGACUCUAGUAUUUUAACACCAUAAUUGAUAAAGUAUUUAUAUACAGUACAUUUAUUUUGCUUUAAUUUAAUUCAAUUUUAAAUGAAUCCUAAUAAUUAAAGUAAUCAAAAUUAUGUAAAAAGCAAAUCUCCUGAAAGCAGAAAAAUUGUAUAUCGUAUAAUUAUAAAAUAUUUAAAAUAGAAUUUCAAUUUAGAUAUUAUUGAUUUAUAAACAGUAUUAAAAUAGAUUAGGUUGUAUGAAGGUUUUGAAAUUAAACUGAUACCCAAAAGUAAUCAUGGAUUUGUGGGUAUUAGAAAUUUGGGAUGCAUUUGCUUUAUGAAUGCUAUGAUGUAAUAAUUUUUUAUGACACCUGAAUUUAGAUACUGUAUGUUGAGAGCUGAAGAUGGAUUGGAGGAAAAGAUUAUCCUCCAUAAAGAUAAUCAAGGAUUUGAAUAUUAAAUAGAUGAUAAUCCUUUUCAUUAAUUUUAAAAGAUGUUAGCUUCAUUAGAUUUAAGUGAUAAAGCUGAUUUCAAUCCUUAUUAAUUUUGCUUAACAUAUAAGGAUUCUGAUAAUUAACCAGUUAAUGUUUCAAUGCAAUAAGAUGCUUAAGAAUUUUUAAAUCAAUUUUUUGAUCGUCUUGAUAACUAAUUAAAGGGUAAAGGUUGGUAAUAAUUUAUUGAAGCUAUUUAUGGUGGAUAUAUAUGUAGUUAAAUGAUUUGUAAUGGGUGUUAGACUAUGAGAGAAAAGUUUGAUUUAUUUUACACUUUGUCUUUAAAAGUGAAGGAUGUUAAAUCACUAUAUGAAUCUUUUGAUAGUAUGAUUUAAGGGGAAAUAAUUAAAGAUUACAAAUGUGAGUAAUGUCAACAGAAGAAUGAUUUAAUUAAAAGGUAAUGUUUAUCAAAAUUACCUAAUGUUUUGAUUGUACAUUUAUAAAGAAUAGUAUUCAAUUUGGAUUUAUAUAUGAAUGAAAAAUUGAGUUCUCAUUUAGAAUUCCCACAUCUAUUGAAUCUUUCUAAAUAUACAAGGGAAGCUUUAUCUGAUUUUGAAUUUAAAUAAGAUUCCUAUUAUUAAUAUAAAUUAAAAGGAGUAGUUGUUCAUUAAGGUUCUGCUUAAUGUGGUCAUUAUUAUAGUUUAAUUAAUACAAAUGAUGAUAGAUGGUUAAAAUUUAAUGAUUCAGUUAUAGAAGAAUUUGAUUUAAAUCUAUUAUCUAAUGAAUGUUUUGGAGGGAAAUAGAGUGAAUUAAAUUAAGGAUUUUAAGUAAUUGGCAGUACUAAUGCCUAUAUUUUAGUUUAUUAAAGAAUUUAGAAGGAAACAGUAGAACUAAAAUUUAGUAAUUAAGAAUAAAAAUAAGAAAUAAUGUCAAAGUUUGAUUGUGAAUAAGAACAAAACUCUAAUUUAAUUGUUAAAAUGGAUUAUUAAACAAUGGCUAAAUAAUUUAUAUCAGAUGUUUUGUAUGGAGAAAUUUAACAUGAAAAUCAUAGAUUCAUGAUGGAGAGACAUAUUUAUUCAGAUGAAUUCUUUAGAUUUGUUAAGGAAAUAGCUGAAGUAUAUCCAUUUCCUCGUUAGUAUAAUUUAAUAAAAAAUGUAGAUUAAUUACCUUAAUAUUUUGGAAUUUAUAGUAAUUAUUUAUAAGUUAACAAUGUUGAAUAGAUAUAAACACUUUUAUUUAAUUUAACAUUUAUUGGAAUAGAAUUGUUAUCUAGAUCAUCUGAUCAUGGAUCAAUUAAGGAUUAUGUAUUGGUUAUAAUUAAUCUUAUAAAUAUAAUUCCAACUCAAGUAUUUCCAAUAUUUUAAUAGUUAUUUAUGUAGAAUAUGUAAAGAGUUUUUAAUGUUUUAUUAUGUGCUCCAGAUUAAUAAGUUCGUUAAGCAAUUUAAUAAAUAAUGCUUCAUUAUUUAAAUGUUAUUAUAUACAUUCAUGCUUUUAUGUUAAAUACUUCAUUACUUUUUUAAUCAGAAUAGGAUAAAAGUGAAGAUUAAUGUGAACGACUUAUUGUCUAAUUUCUUGUAUGUCUUUUAUAAAAGUUAUAAAAUGAUGUUCCAAGAAAUGCAUUAAAGUUUACUUAAUAUUUUGAUUUUUGGAAAUUAUUUGUUAAAUCAUCUUAGAUUAAUGUAUUCUUUGCUAAUUAAAUAGAAUUAGUAUCUAUAUUGGCUGAUUUUUUUAUGGAAAAGUAAUCACCAAAAGGAUUGGAAAAUAAUUAAUGUUAUGAAUAUUUAUAUGAUUAGAAAAUUGGAAUUAUUAAUUUAAAUGUUGUUCCAUUUUAUAGUUCAUUAUUCUAAUGCUUAGACUAUUUAUUAUAAAAUUAAGAUUAUGAAUUAACAAAAAAUGAUAAAAUAUGUUUAGAAUCUACAAUUUUAUAUAAGAAAGCAUUAAAAGAAUGUUAAGACUUUGAUGCUAUAGAAUCGAUAAUUUUAAAAAGGGUUUUUAAUAAUUUAGCAUUAUCUAGAGGAAUAAUUGAAAUAGUUUUAGAGGAAAUUUAAAUAUCUAAUUAUGAAAAUGUUGGUUAAUUUUUAAAAUUGACAGAAAGUUUAUUAAAUAUAUAUGAUAAUAUAUAAUAAGAACGUAUAUAAUGGAUAUUAGGAUAUCCAUAACCAAAUUAUUUAGAUAAUUAUUAAACUGGAUGUUAAACAAAUUUAUCAUUAUAAUGUAUUUCGUAUUUAACACAUAUUGGAUGUUAAGAUGAAACAAUAUCUAUAUUAAAUUAAUUAUUUUUUAAUCGUAGAAAUUAUCUAAAUUUGGCAAUUUUAAUGAUGAAAAUGCUUUUAACAGUAAUGAAUUAAAAUAAACCAGUUUUUUCAUAUAUUAUAAAUUUACCACCUCCAAGUUAUCUAUAUUCUAAAUAUAUUGAUUGGUUUGAAACAUUUUUAAAUGAAUUUAAAGAGGAUUGCAUCAAAUAUCCAGCUAUGACAGAUUCAAUAUUUUUUAAUAAAUAAACAGAAUUUAAAUAAACUAUCAAAUUAUGGGAGAUUUUUUAAAAUAAUUUUAAAUAAAUAACUAAACGUAGAUUACAUGAUCCUAUUCAACCAAAUUAUAUUAUAGGUAAUAUAAUGGAAACUGGAUCAGUCUCUAGAGAAACUCAAAUUGAUAAUGUAUUUUUAGAAACUCAUGAGUCUCUUGUUUAUUAUAUAGAAUCUAAUCCUAAUCUCUAAAGUAACAAAACAUUUCCAUAUGCAAUACUUAAAGACAAUAUUUAUAUUUAAUCAUCUAAGAUUGAAUCUUCUUCUAAUAUAUUUUUAAUAAUAAAUAAUGAUGAAAAUGUUUAAAGAUCAUCAAUUUAACAUGAAAUUGAUGAAAAUAUAUAUUCAAAUGAAACUGGAUAUAAUGAAUAAUAAUAAGUUAAUGAUGACUUUAUUAAUGAAUUAUAGAAUAAUUAAUUACAAAAUUAAAAUAUCUUAAGAUAAAGUUAAUAAAUUAAUUAAUUUUAAGAAGAUUAAAUAUAAUAAUAAUAAAAUAUAGAAUGUAAUUUAUAAAUAUAAGUUGAUCAAUUAUUAAAACGAUUCAUGAUUAACAAUUAGACAAAUUAAACUAUCCAUGUUUCAUAUUAAAUUACUUAAGAUCCUGAUUCAUAAAUUAAUUUCAUGUAAAUAUAUAUAUAUGUAUUGUAGAAUACCUAAAAAUGUUUGUAAGGUUGUUCCUCCAUAUAGUGUAAAAUAUUUAACAACAAUUAUGAAAACUAUUCCUUUGAUAGAAUGGGGAAAUUUCUAUUGUAAUUUGGACAUCAGUAUUAACAAUACAAAUAAUAAUGACUAAUAACAAUAAAUAAAAUAAUAGUAAUUUUUAUUCAUAUAUUUUAGAGUGUAAACAAUAACUGAUGCAUAAACUACAGAUAUAAAUAAUUAAACAAAAAUAGAAGAAGAAAUUUAAUGUCCUUAAUGUACUAUCCUCCAAUCUUCUUCUAAUCACUUUUGUGAAUUGUGCUAAUUCAGUUUAAAGUGA